UUCGUUCCUUCGCUUAUAAGUAACAGUGGGACGCGUUAACGUCUGGUUCGCUUCAGAUUAAUACCAACAAAGGGUGUGUUUUAUACCUCAUUUUUAGGCAACAUGUCGAAGGGACCAGCUGUUGGUAUUGAUCUGGGGACCACCUACUCCUGUGUGGGUGUUUUCCAACAUGGCAAAGUGGAGAUCAUUGCCAAUGACCAGGGCAACAGGACCACACCCAGCUAUGUUGCAUUCACUGAUUCAGAACGUUUGAUUGGGGAUGCAGCAAAAAAUCAGGUUGCAAUGAACCCAACUAACACAGUGUUUGAUGCCAAAAGACUGAUUGGACGUAGGUUUGAUGAUCCUGUUGUACAAUCUGACAUGAAGCACUGGCCAUUCAUGGUUAUCAAUGACUCUUCCCGACCCAAAGUACAAGUUGAAUACAAGGGUGAAACAAAGUCUUUCUACCCAGAGGAGAUUUCCUCAAUGGUGCUGACUAAAAUGAAGGAGAUUGCUGAGGCGUACCUGGGAAAAAGUGUUACCAAUGCUGUAAUUACUGUGCCAGCAUACUUCAACGAUUCUCAACGUCAGGCUACUAAAGAUGCAGGAACAAUUUCGGGCUUGAAUGUUCUGCGAAUCAUCAAUGAGCCAACAGCUGCUGCUAUUGCCUAUGGCCUGGACAAGAAGGUUGGUUCUGAAAGGAAUGUCCUCAUCUUUGAUCUUGGUGGUGGCACUUUUGAUGUCUCCAUCUUGACCAUUGAAGAUGGAAUCUUUGAAGUGAAGUCCACUGCUGGAGACACUCACCUGGGUGGUGAAGACUUCGACAACCGUAUGGUCAACCAUUUCAUCGCGGAGUUCAAACGCAAGUACAAGAAGGACAUCAGCGACAACAAGAGAGCUGUUCGCCGUCUCCGCACGGCCUGUGAGAGGGCCAAACGUACCCUGUCCUCCAGCACUCAGGCCAGUAUUGAAAUCGACUCCCUGUACGAGGGCAUCGACUUCUACACCUCCAUCACCAGAGCUCGUUUUGAGGAGCUGAAUGCCGACCUGUUCCGUGGCACUCUGGACCCAGUGGAGAAGUCUCUUCGCGAUGCAAAGAUGGACAAGGCCCAGAUCCAUGACAUCGUCCUGGUUGGGGGUUCUACCCGUAUCCCCAAAAUCCAGAAGCUGCUCCAAGACUUCUUCAAUGGCAAGGAGCUCAAUAAGAGCAUCAACCCCGAUGAGGCCGUUGCCUACGGAGCAGCUGUCCAGGCUGCCAUCCUGUCUGGUGACAAGUCUGAGAAUGUCCAGGACCUGCUUCUGCUGGAUGUCACCCCACUGUCCCUGGGAAUUGAGACCGCAGGUGGUGUUAUGACUGUUUUGAUCAAACGCAACACCACCAUUCCUACAAAGCAGACCCAGACCUUCACAACCUACUCGGACAACCAACCUGGUGUGCUGAUCCAGGUAUAUGAGGGUGAGCGUGCCAUGACCAAGGACAAUAACUUGCUGGGCAAGUUUGAGCUGACUGGCAUUCCACCUGCUCCCCGUGGAGUGCCCCAGAUUGAGGUGACCUUUGACAUUGAUGCCAAUGGCAUUAUGAAUGUGUCUGCUGUUGACAAGAGCACUGGAAAGGAAAACAAGAUCACAAUCACGAAUGAUAAAGGGCGUCUCAGCAAGGAGGACAUUGAGCGCAUGGUCCAGGAGGCUGAGAAAUACAAGGCUGAGGAUGAUGUACAGCGUGACAAGGUAGCUGCUAAGAAUGGCCUUGAGUCAUAUGCAUUCAAUAUGAAGUCCACUGUUGAAGAUGAGAAAUUGAAGGGCAAGAUCAGUGAUGAAGAUAAGCAGAAGAUCCUGGACAAAUGCAACGAAGUAAUUAGCUGGCUUGACAAGAACCAGACUGCUGAGAAGGAUGAGUAUGAGCACCAGCAGAAGGAGUUGGAGAAGGUGUGCAAUCCCAUCAUCACCAAGCUGUACCAGAGUGCUGGGGGCAUGCCAGGUGGAAUGCCAGAGGGGAUGCCAGGUGGCUUCCCAGGAGCUGGUGCUGGUUCUGGUGGUGGAUCCUCUGGACCAACCAUUGAGGAAGUUGACUAAUCACUCCAUGGCAGUUUUCGGCUACCUCUUUCAGUUGACCAAUGUUUACGCGGUAGCUUUUCUAACUUCUGUGGCGCAGAAUGUUAAAACAUAUGUUCAAAGCGUGAUUGCCAAAUUGCUAUUUGUCAUUAAGACUGUACAUGUGUUAGAGUACUGUGCCACAGAGGAAGUUAACUUAUAAAAGGGUAAACAGGGAUCAAUGUAUCUCAGUUAUCUAUGGCCAGUAAAUGUUUGCAACUGUUAAGCAGUCUUUCAUGCACAUCAGAAUGUUGCUGACAGACAAAUGUCUGACUUAGUCCCACUGUCACAAUGUGUUUGAAAUUGCCUGUUUCUGAAAUAAACAUCUCUGACUGGAUUAUUUCCCA